ACGUCUUACCCACAUUUCGGAUAAGUGGGGCAAAUAUAAACAUCCUGGAAGUCGGGACGAUCCGCGGAAGACCUUGUGUGGAGUGUUGCACGUACAUGUGAUGACCCGAGGGGCACUGCACAUGUCACCGUCCAUUCAUCACAUCGAAUCACGGCUCGUAAAGAAGACGUGAUGAGAAUAUCUGGGUCGAGGUCCAGUCUUUAUCUAUAUCUGUAUCAGUAUAGCCGGUAUAACAGGCCCUAGGCGUGACAGUCGGUCACCUAAGCAAAUUUGCCAGGCACUGAUGUUUGAAUAAGGCGUCCGACAAUAUGUAAUUUAUUGUAAAGGCUACUGAACAAGUUGUCAGGUGAAUAUAAAGGAAACAUACAUCCUAUCCGAAACUAGACAUAUUCUAAGACGUCCUGUGAGGUUCCGUCCAUGGUACGUUAGUUCUAGAGGGGUGUUCGCAGAAAUACGUGGAGCUGGUCACUACUGGUGCAUUGUGCUUUCUACCGGUGUGCACCUGUAUCGUCGCCUGUGACGCACUUCCGCCGAGUUUCAUUUCCGGUGUCGAUGACCUUCGAACUUAAAUACAUGCCCACACAGCGGGAGACACAGACGGCUAUUCGCGUGUGAAUGUUCCAGUUCCACAGCUGCGUUCCACCGAUAUCUACACACGGAACACUCUGCACCUGUAACCUACAGGAAUUUCCACCUUUCCAACAAGUGCCUGCCUUCUACUAGCAUCCGGUUUCCAUUUGGAUAUCCAGUACGUCAUAAUUCGAACAAGGCACUGUGCUUGACUUCACUUCCAAGAUGGCUGCCUUCGGAAGGAAAACAAAGAACACAAAAGCGUUGACCCUUGACUCUGUCGCGUUCGACCGAGCGAACAUACCUGGGAGAUACAGCCGUCAGGACAGCGCCUUAGACACACCUGGCGCAAGGAGUGACGCACCGUUCCUUCAAAACUUCAUCAGGCAAGACUCGAGAGCUGGCGACUUCUCUGACGAAGAGGGGGACCAAGCCGAGACCAGGUGCGGAUGGCGCCGGUUUAGACCCUCUUGUCUUCAGGUGUUCGACAACCCGAAAGGGUUUCUCUUCUUCGUGUCGUUUUUUGCGCUGGUGCAGGGAACUCUGGUGAACGGACUGAUCAACAGCGUCAUAUCCACCAUCGAGAAAAGGUUCCAACUUCCAAGCUCCAAAACAGGAAUCAUCUCAUCUGGUUACGACAUCGCUUUCGGUUGUUUGUCGGUGAUCAUCACGUAUCACGGUGGUGUCAGGAGCAAGCCCAUCUGGCUGGCCACCGGGGCGUUCGUUCUGGGGCUGGGCGCAUGCGUCUUCUCCAUCCCGCACUUCGUGGUCGGGCCGCACCGGCUGGGAGGCGCGCAGGAAACCACGUGCGGCGCCGCGAGACUUAACGAGACUUCUGACGACGGCGUGUGCAGUGGGGAGGGAGGGGAGUCGAACUGGCUUCCUAACUUCCUAUAUGUCUUCAUUCUCGGCCAGUUGUUGAAUGGAGUAGGCGGCAUCCCUCUCUACACAUUCGGUCCUCAGUACCUGGAGCAAAGCGUGUCAACCAAAUCAUCCGGAAUUUACCUGGGGAUUUUCUACGCCGUUUCGUACCUCGGACCUGCCGUCGGUUUUCUGCUGGGCGGACAGCUACUGACUCUCUAUAUCGACUUGGAAAAACCCGGAGUCAUUCCGCCUGUUGGUGGAACGAGCGACCCGCGUUGGCUGGGCGCCUGGUGGCUCGGAUUCCUGGGGCUGGGGGUCACUGCCUGGCUUCUGGUGCUGCCUCUGUCCGGCUACCCAAAGGAACUACCCGGCAUCGCCAAAGUACGUAGGGAGAAGACUUCUGACGUCCACGCCAACACCGAGUCAAAAACUCUGGAUUCAAACUUCGGCAAGAGCAUCCGGGACUUUCCCGUCGCCGUGCGCUCAUUGGCCAAGAAUCCAACGUUCAUUUUUAUCACUCUCGCGGGAAUUAGCGAGGGUCUCGCGCUGAACGGCUUCGCUACGUUCCUACCGAAGUUUGUGGAAAACCAGUUCGGACAAACGGCCAGUCAGGCCGCGUUUCUCGUCGGUUGUGUGAUGGUCCCGGGUGCAUUCGGCGGUUGUCUGAUAGGCGGCGCUAUCAUGCGGUGUAAGAAGCUGGAUGUGUCCGGAUCGCUCAAGCUCUGCGUCAUCCUGUCCUCCAUAGCCAUGCUCCUGGCACCUGUGUUCCUCAUCAGAUGUCCCAACAGUCAGUUCGCAGGAGUGACCGCGUCUUAUACUACUGGAGCCACGUCACAGGCGUCUGGACCAGGGUCGUCGCUGAACGCCAGCUGUAACGCCGCCUGCGCAUGCCCAGCUGUGUUCGACGUGGUGUGCGGUUCCGACGGACUGGAGUACCUGUCGUCGUGUCACGCCGGGUGCACGACAAGGCACGAAGGGGAGCCGAAGACUUUUAGCAACUGCGCAUGCGUCACAACAAACUCCUCUGCCUCCAACACUGUCGCCGCGGUGUCUCCUGGGUACACACCGCCGGAUCCGGAAGUGACGUCAGGCCGCUGCGGUUCGACCUGCGGUCUCCUGAUGGUGUUCCUUCCGCUGUUGGUCGUCAUCAUGGUGGUGGUUUCCGGUCUGACGGUACCAGCCGCCGCAGUUACACUCAGGUGUGUUCCUGAACACCAGGCAUCCUUUGCGUUUGGUCUACAGUGGAUGUUCAUCCGACUUCUUGGUUCCGUUCCCGGACCCAUCCUAAUGGGAGCCGCCAUUGACAGAACCUGCCUUCUGUGGCAAGGUGACGUCAGCAGUGACGACACGUGUGACGUCAGCGACCGCGGUGCAUGUUGGGUCUACGAGAAUUCCACCAUGAGCCUCUAUUUCUUCAUCAUCGUUCUGGUGCUGAAGAUUUUCUCCACGACGUGUAUGGGCCUCGCGUUGUGGCUGUAUAAACCUAGUAAAAAGAGCACACAGUCUUGUGCCAUGGCAUAUAAUGGCGAAGUCGUAACCACAGUCAGCACGCCUGAAAGUAUUACCUCAGAAGAACUGUCACAUAGAAACGGAGAAAUAUUUCUGUAAAGUAAUUUAUCUCAAGUUGGUGUAAAAAAAUUGUCAUAUUCAACAGAUAAUUAAAUGGAGCUGUUUAUAUUUUCUUGGGAA